GUACAGAAAAGUUGGCCAACAACUCCAAACAACAAGAGGGAAAUAAUACACAAGAACACAACUUUCAAGACAAAGAUACAAACAGCAAAACAAACUGGGCAGAUAAAAGCGAAACUGCUGAAAAGAACAAACUUGAAGAAGAAAGCUUUGAAGCUUCUUGCUUAA